AAUCAAGACUCCUGUUUUUAUCGUUCUGUUGAGUCUUUUUUUAAAUUUUUUUUUUUUAAAGCCCACAUCCAAGAAUGAAGCUGGUGGACAUUAAGAAGUUAAAAGUGACCGAACUGCGGUCCAGACUAACCGAACUGGGUUUGGACAGUAGAGGUCUGAAGGCUGACCUGGUGGACAGACUAUGGUCAGCCUCGCAGUCAGUACAGAGUCCAGAACACGUAGAACUGCUGGAGGGCAGCCCGUCCACACUGUCUGGACCAGAACCAGGUGCGGUUCAGGUUCGGACCGAGUCCUCAUCACCGCCGGUGGCCGACUGUGUCCCUGCGCCGUGUGAAGUAGAUCGGGGUAGACAGUACACAGACACUGCUACUCAGACUGAGCCAGAACCCGGUCCACCAGCGGUUCCACCGGGUUCCGAGCGCCUUUCAGGGGCCGAGACUGUCUGCCAGGCGGAUGGGAGGCAGCUGGGACAUUCAGAUGGUUCUGUCUGUGAGGAAAUGGGCAGAGGAAGAGCUUUCUACGAGUUCAAGGAGGAGAUACGAUACAAAAGCUGUCUUUCCAGAUCCAAAUCACCACAGCUUCAACAGGACAAAGAUGAGGAAGAGUGGGAUGAAGAUAAAGUUAGAUUAGAUCCAUAUGGCUGUCACCUCCAUUUUGAAGUGAGCUCUGAUGAAUCCUGUGGGCAGCCACGGUUCUGGGAUCGGUUCCCGUUGCUCUGGUCCGGCUGCAGGCUCACCCACGGGGUGCGGCAGGGACGGGUGGGGUUUGAGGUUCGGCUGGAGAGGAAGUUGCUGACUUCUGACCAAGAGGUCAAGGAUCCAUACAGACUGAGAGUGGGCUGGUCUGUGUCCGAUUCCUCUCUGCUGCUCGGGGAGGACAAGCUUUCUUUUGCUUAUGAUGGACGCGGUAAAAAGGUUUCUGAUGGAACCCAAGAGGAGUACGGUGAGCCUCUGUCUGAGGGGGACAUCAUUGGCUGUUAUGCUGCCUUCUCUGCAAAUGGCGCUGUUGAGCUGUUUUUCCAUAAAAAUGGUCACUUCCUGGGUGCGGCUUUCACCCUGAGUGCCUCUCUAUUGCAAGGCCGAGUCUUGGUUCCUCAUGUUCUCCUUAAGAACUGUUCAGUUCGAUUCCUUCUGGACCGCAUAACCCCUCAGUGGUACCCUGGACCGAUGGGAUUUACACCGCUGACGUCGCUCCCUGCUGGUCAGAGGGUGUGCGUCGCAUCAGCUCCUACAUCCAAAAUGCAGUCUGAGGUGGUGAUGAUGGUGGGUCUUCCCGGCUCUGGGAAGAGUUUCUGGGCUCACACGCUGAUGAAGCAGCAUCCAGAGAAGAAGUACAGACUGCUUGGGACAGAAGACCUGCUCGCGUGUAUGCUUAGUGGUGGUCAGAGAGACAGCAGGCUGCAGCAGGCCUCCCAGUGUCUAACUGAUCUAAUUAAAGUCGCUGCCAAGACGCCUGGAAACUACAUCCUCGACCAGUGCAACGUCCUCUUCUCUGCACGUCGACACAAGCUGCAGUUGUUUGCAGGCUUCAGGCGGGUGGUGAUUGUGAUCUUCCCGUCUGCCGGCGAGUGGAAAAGACGACUGUUGCGUCGUCAAAUAAGCGACGGCGAGCACAUCCCUGAGACCGCCUUACUCAAACUCCAAGUGAGCUGCAGUCUUCCAGAACCGCAGCCUGACCUGAUGGAGGAGUUACAGUACGCAGAGCUGCCACAGGAACAGGCACAAAUCCUCCUAAUGCAGUACAAAGAGGAGGCUCACAGACUGCUGCCUCCUGUCAUCAAACCAGACAAGAAACCCCGAUGGAACAAGAGAAGACGUCACUUUCUCAGUCCUCCACCAUCAAACAGGAUGCAGUGGGGAGCAGUUCAUGGUUGGUACAACACAAGAAGUGACAUCCAGCCUUGGAGUCAGCAGCCAGAGACCAGACAUUGGAACCUGCCUUAUCAGCAGCAGAACUACAACUACAGCAGAAGUUUCAGCGGCUACCCGAGUUACUCCUGAGGAAACAUGAAACAAGAAGAACAAGGCCACUGUCACAGUGGACUGGGAUGUUUUUUAUGACGAUCACUCCGAAGAACAAAUGCCAACAGUGCCGUACAGAAGUCAUGAGGUCCCUCAUUUGAAAUUAGACAGAAACACACUUUCUUGUAACCUCUUAAGCAUUUGUUUUUGACACUUCACUCUCAUCUGAAAGGUGCUGACCUAGAAUGAAGGCCAAUUUUGGUCCUCUUCUAUUGUUACAUUUCUGUCAUCUUGAAUAGCUUAAAUAGGGCUUUUGUGGGCUCUAGUAUCCCUUAUAUGAAAGUAGGCUGACAGGAAAGGGGGGGAAGACAUGCAGCAAAUAUUGUCAGGUCCGGGAAUCGAACCUGCGUCGACGACUCCAGACCUCCAAACAUGGGUCGCCCUACGCCACCACAGCAUGCCUGUCUUUGCUAGCUUUCUUUCCAUCCUUUUUAAGAUCAUCUGUUUUGAUUUUGUAGCUUUUUUUUUUUUUAGCUUGACACUUCUAAAAAAAUUGUCCUCCAUUUUUCCAGUUCAAUUUCUAAGUUGUCAUGGUCAGACAGAGGGACUGUGUCAAAAAGCAGCCAGAGGCAAAAGAAAACUUGAUCCAGACCACCUUAAAAGGUUACAAGAAAAAAUGGCUCAUUGGAGGCAAAGUCGAAAGAAAUGAGGGAUAGUUUAAAACUUUUACACGGUGCAUUGUGAUAACUAAUGCACGCUGUUUUGUACAAUCAAUGAUGGCUGGGGUUAGUUUUCAAAGUCAAAAACUUUGUAAAAGAUUUUUAUUGAAAAUAUUUUAACCAUGUUAUUUUACAAAGUACAGAGUUUUGACAUCACUGCUAGUCUCUGAGUGCUUGAAGUGAAUAAAUUUAACUGGUAA